AUGUAUAUUAUUUGUUUCACUAUUAUCUUCUUUAUUACUGAGAGGUGCAUAUAAAUUUAUAUCAAUGAAUUCUACGUUUAAUUAAAUGAAGAAGAACAGAUUGGAUAAUACUCGAUGCUGACGGAGGGUCUUACUUUUAAAAUAUGAUCAUAGGUACGCUAGAUACGGCCUUGUUCUUGUUCGGCGUAUACUAUCCAUCCUGAAAACAUUAAUAGCCUUGUGCCCACCCACCAAGAUGGCUCCUUUAUGGGGCAAUACUCGAUGUUUAACGUGAAGUUAUUUACACACCUGGAAAUAAACGUUCACCCGGACAAGUUCUGGAUGCGUUUCAGUGCGUUGUGCGUUCGGGAAAGAUUGAAGGAAAGUGGUUUUUGUACAGCGUUGAAGAAUCGAUUGAGUUCCUGAAGAGAAAAAAAUCCUACGGGAUGGCCGGUUGAUGUAAUACAUGCACAGCCCGCUUGCCGAACGAAAAUCUGUACAGACACACAGUGCCAUUCCAAAGAAUCAUUGCUCACAGUCGUGCUAAAUUAUAAAUGCCAUGCUUCGUAAAAGACGAUGAACGGUAAAGAGAUUUGUGUUAUUCAUUUCUAGUGAUGUAAUUUGUCACCUCUGAAGUUGUAAUAAUAACCAGUAAGAAGGGGAGACGAGAUUAACGAAGUUCAAAUGAAAUACUGGCAAAUGAAAUUUGUGUGUAAUUGUUCUCAAUCGAAUUUGCAUGCAAUACACGAAUUCGUAGCAUGAUGUUUAGAUGAAGGGAAGGAGAAAUUAAAAUAGAGGAACAGAUUGGGAAAAAAUGUUACCAAAAGGAGGUGAUGAAUCUUGUAUGUAUUUCUAAACAUGAUACAAUGACCAAAGGAGCACAGGCACAGAUCUUUAAUAACUGAAAAGAUAAAUUAUUAACAGUGCUAUCCAAAAAUGUCUUGAGUACAGUUUGGUAAAAAGAAUUUUAUUUUCACACUUAUUAACUUAUAAGUGAUCCUAACUCCAACAAAGCUUUAAAAAUGGCAAGGAAAAGUGACAAUAUCAAAGCCAUCAAUGUUGCUGUUGUCGGUCUUUCUGGUACCGAGAAAGAUAAAGGUCAAGUCGGUGUUGGGAAAUCAUGUCUGUGUAAUCGUUUUAUGCGCUCUUUGAAUGAUGAUUAUAAUGUGGACCAUAUAUCAGUGUUAUCGCAGUCGGAUUUUAGUGGUAGAGUGGUGAAUAAUGAUCAUUUCCUAUAUUGGGGUGAAGUUACGAAGGCGGCGGAGGACGGUACAGAAUAUCAGUUUCAUGUGAUAGAACAUACAGAAUUUAUAGAUGAUGCAUCGUUUCAGCCUUUUAAAGGUGGUAAAAUGGAACCUUACGCAAAGAGGUGUGCAGCCACAAAGAUUACAAGCGCAGAGAAGCUCAUGUACAUUUGCAAGAAUCAAUUAGGCAUAGAGAAAGAGUACGAGCAAAAAGUUCUGCCGGAUGGUAAAUUGAACAUCGAUGGUUUUCUCUGUGUAUUUGAUGUGAGUGUCGUACCAAAUAGAUCGAUAGAGAAACAGAUCGAAAUAGUGGCGAACAUACUGAACAAUCUGAUGAAAACUAAGAAGCCUAUAAUUGUGGUAACGACUAAAAACGACGAUGCUAAUGAACAAUAUGUAAAGGAGGCGGAGAAGCUAGUGAUGCGCAAGGAGUACAAAGGUUCCAUUUUGAUAGUUGAAACGUCUGCGCAUGAAAACAUUAAUACCGACCUAGCAUUCUUCAUCUUGGCGCAAAUAAUUGAUAAAACGAAAAUGCGCAGUAAGGUAACACCAUUUGCGGAAGCGGCCAGAGCCAGGAAAGAACUGUUGGAUGCAUCGACGGAAUCUUUACAAAGAUUGAUCCGGUUACACGUUACUGAUUAUAGAGCAUUAUGGUCGCAGGCGUCCAAGAAGCUGGCGCAGCACAAGGAAUUCACGACGUUCGUGGAACUAUUCGGUAUUGACGCAACCCAAAGAUUAUUUAGAAGACAUAUUAAGAAAUUGAAGGAUGAACAGAUAGCGAAGAAGAUUCAGGGAUAUUUAGACAUGUUGCCUGAUAUUCUUCAUGAAAUAUGCCCUGACGUAACCAAUUUAAUUAAUGAGGAAUGGUCUGCGGUGCAGCAAUAUAUAAAGGAACAUCCCGAUUUCCAUCAGUAUUUCUAUGAAUGUCCCGAGGAUAAACCAUGGAUCGAUUGUGAUUUCGAUGAGACUAAUGGAACAAAGAUUCCUUAUGACGUGUUAGAAACACCGGAAGCAGAAACCGUUUUCAAAAAUCAUAUAAAUGUACUGCAGCAAGAACAGCGACGAUUGGAACUUCCCAAAAGAUGGAAAAAGCAAUUUAAACAAUUGUUGGAAGAAACUGGCUAUGUUACACCAGGGAAACACUUGUCUGAAGUCAGAGUACUUUUUAUGGGUAGAGAAUGCUUUGAAGCACUUUCUCACCAUGAUUGUCAAGAGAUAUAUGAUCAACAUCAAAAAGAAAUCAUUGAAAAAGCAAAACAUAAUUUCCAAGAGCUGUUGUUAGAACAUGCUGACUUGUUCUAUCAUUUCAAAUCUAUAGCACCGACUGGUACUAUAACACAAGAUGAUAUAAAAGAAAUAACCGAUGCAUUGCUGGACGAUUUUAGGUAUAAGGCUUUAGAUAGACUCGAUCAAGAUAGGAAAUUAAUGCUUUUCCAACACUUAGGUUUUGUACAUUGUCCCAUAAGGGAACAUUGCCCAGCUUAUCCAAAUUGCAUGGACGCACUCAUAGAACGGAUACUUGGAACGAAAGCUCAUAGGCCUUCUUCGUGGAAUCAUAGUAGUCAAUGGCAAUUAACGUCUGAUAAUAACCAAUUAAAUUUAGUUAUACUUGGAAGCAAUGGACUUGGCGAGGAGUUCGCUCGCGAAAUAAGAGCACAAACAGAGGACGACGAAGUAGAGAUUGACUGUCAGUUGUAUACGCUUGGAUAUCGAAUAAUCGACGGUGAUGUCGGAUUACCGCACAACUCGUUUACUACUUCCGACUUUAUGCCUCACGGCUCUUUUUGUAUUUAUGCUAACGAGGAUUCGUUCGAAUAUAUUCGCUCUUCCUUAGAGAAGACUUUAUUAUCGAACCUGGAGCAAGAGGACAGGUUGCCAUUUCAAGGAUUGCCUAUUGUCAUUAUGUUUGUACCAGAAUCUACUAUAGAUGAGAUGGAAGCAAUACGACUUAGGGAGGAGGGUCAGAACCUCGCCGAUAGUUUACAGUGCCCGUUUAUCGAUGUUUGUAUAGAAGACUUGGAGCAAGACAAGAGGUUUCCUACCCCUCUAGUAAAGGAUGCUUUACAACAACUUAUACAAUCAAUAAAUCACAGAGCUGGUUUUCUAAAUAUUUACCAAAGCGUUAUCGAAUGUUUCGAGCCUGAUAUUAGAAUCAUAAUGUGUAUGUUUUGCGGAGACCCAUAUUCUGUGGAGAACGUACUGGGCCCUUUACUCAACCAUCAAUGUUGUUUUCUUAGUGGCGACCGAUCAAUCGUUCUAGAAACAUUUUUAGGAGAAUCGAAGCGUAGGGUCGAAGUGAUUAUCUCAAGUUUCCACGGAGCGAAUGCAUUCAGGGACGAAUUGGUUCACGGUUUCAUAUUGGUUUAUUCAACGAAGAGGAAAGCAUCACUUGCCACCUUGAAUGCGUUUUCUAUGAAUAUACCAAACUUACCAAUACAAAUAAUGGCUGUGACUGAUACUGGAGGCGCUAACGCCUUCUUUAGUAACGACUUGAGUCAUCUGCUUAUUACGGAAGGAAAUGCGAUCGCGGACAAAUUGCAAGCGCACUUCAUGACCUCCGCGUCUAGUUGCCAGCAAAAAACGGCAUUUUAUACGCCAUUCUUUAAAGAGGUUUGGGAGAAGAAGCCUGAGAUUGAACAAGCUUUUAAUAUGGAGGAACCGGGUAAUCUAAAUGACAGCGGCGAGGGAACUUUGGAAUAUUCGGCGUUGCACCCUAUGCCACCACCACGCCAUGAAAGUUAUCAUCUUCAAACACCGGACGAUGGUAUGUCUGUAACUUUUAGGAGUGGUUCCGAGUCGUAUGAGCAGUUAACUCCGGAUGGUGAUCUCGGAGAAACGGGAUUGAACGAACCGUUUGCAGACAACAGAGCCACUCCCAGCGAUGACAGCGAUAUUUAUAGCCAAGUAGACUUUUAUAGAGAAGAAAGAGAGAGGGAUUUACUAAAACCCGGCGACAUUGCAAACAAACUGUCCGGCUGGGUGAAGGAUACGUUUAUGCACCAGGACGGAGUGACCAAUAGUUAUUCUCACAGAGCGUUUACGACAGGUAGACGUCAUAUUUCUCAAACGAAACCGCGACCAAAAGGAAACAGCCAAACCCUGAAGCAGCCUGGGAAGAUCAACUUGAAAGAUUUUUCGAACGUGACGGACGCCAUAGCUAGAAUGACCGUCGGCGAGAAGGACGAACACGGCUCUAAGAUGACGAUGGGUCACGCUCCUCUCGCUACGCCUGAAUUGGUAGAUCUGGGUUCUGAAUAUGCGCAAGUUAAAGAUGUCGUACCGAGCAUGUAUCCGUCGUACGACGGUGAUUACAUGUAUGCCUUGGUGCAAGAUUCCAUCGGAAAUAAUAAAUCCAAGUUGCGUCAUAAGCGAGAAAAGGGGCAACCUUCGUAUAGCGAUUCAGAUUCGGAGUGGAGUUCUUUGGAAAGGCAGAGAGUCGCUGGUAUUCUGAGUAAAGCGAGUAAGAAACCACCGUCCCACAAAAGGACAAGGAAAAAGCGAGCACCCAUAUUUGUCGCUGGGCCUACAGUUCCAACUUCAGCUAGCAUGGGUGGAGAUGGUAUUAUUGGUUUAAAUUACAAUGUCAAAGAAGAUAAAAGUUGGCGAACAAAUCCUGUGGAAAGGGUUUCCAGCGAGACACCAGAUUCUUCUGAAUCCAGUGACCCGGAUCACACGUCGAGAUCUAGAGCAAAGCAGUGUAAACACACUGCUACAAGCCUGCGAAAAAGAUUUGGGAAUUCAUUAGCGCAGCAACAUCUACCAACAUCACUACAGCAUCCCUACAACGUGAAACACAUGACUCAAGAGAUGUUCAGCGCUUCCUAUGAUGAAUCCAGCCUGGAUGUCUCUUCUCCACGAGAAAUAAAUUCUCCCAGUGUCAAGGAUGGCGAUAAAUUGAACAGAAAAAAGGAUAAGCAGAAGGCGAAGGAAGACGAGAAAUUAGAGAAACGUCGGCAGAAAGAAGAAAAACUCAAGAAGCAUGCGGAAAAGGAAAAGGAAAGAGAGAAGAAGAAGCAAGAGAAGAUAAAACAAACUAAAGGGCCUAGUUCGACGUUGAGUAUGAGCCAACCUCUGAUCGAGGAUUUCGCGCAAAGCGAAACAAACAGAAUACCUCUGUUCCUCGAGAAAUGUGUGCAAUUUAUUGAAGACGAAGGACUAGAUUCUGAAGGUAUAUAUAGGGUCCCUGGAAACAGAGCGCAUGUAGAACUUCUCUUUCAGAAGUUCGAAGAAGAUGGAAACGUGGACAUACAUUCAUUGGACAUACCUGUGAAUGCUGUUGCAACGGCUUUAAAAGAUUUCUUUUCAAAGAGGCUACCACCAUUGAUCGACAAAGAGAGAAUGAGCGAGCUUGAAGAUAUUUCGGGUGCUCGCGGUAUUAGCAAACCGAUGUCUGCGACAUGUAUGAACAUGGAAGAUCGAAGCUGUAGACUAUUGGCUCUACGUUUGAUGCUCAACAAGUUGAAUCCAGUAAAUUUUGAUGUACUUAAGUUUGUUUUUCACCAUUUUGUAAAAGUGGCUGAAAACUGCAAACUGAACAGUAUGGAUAGCAAGAAUCUGGCAAUUUGCUGGUGGCCUACUUUAUUACCUAUAGAAUUUAACGACCUGGGCAGAUUUGAAGCGAUGAGACCAUAUUUGGAGGAUGUUGUUCAAACGAUGAUUGAUCAAUAUCCUUUCCUGUUCUGCGGCGAGGAAGCUAUCGUAAUGGUUUAGUAAACGAUUACGCCGUUUCGAAUCGUACAAUCCGAGUUUGUACGAACGACAGGGAACGAUUCAGCGGUGUUACAUACCGUAACGUUUCCGUAACAUUUAAUUCCGACGAUUAUCGAUAAACGAUUGGUCUCGCUAUGUUCGUAUACCGUAAUCUCAUCGUAGCCCGUUUGAGCUAUGAUUUAGGAUAAAAUUCUUAUGACACAAGAAAACAAUGAAAAGACCGAACAAAGUAAUAUAAGUUUAACAUACUUGUUCCAUUGCGAAGUGUGACUGACAGAGUGAUAGACUACUAAUGGUCCUAAUGACGGCCGUUCACAGGCCCGAUAAUAAUGCGAAUAAUUAAAAAAAAAAAGUCAAUCCAUGUGUCAUAACAGUAUGCAUGUAUCAUGUUGGAUGUAUUAAGAGCGAUGUAUUUAUUAACAUAUACAUAGAUGUAAGCCUCGAUAUUUGAAAAUAGCGAAUACUCGUAGUGAGCUCGAUGUUGCUUUUUUAUCUAAUUAAUUUCUUCCUUUUUUUGUUUAUAUGUUUCUCUACAAGUAAGAAAACUCUUUAUUGUGUGCAACGUGCGCGUGUGUCUGACUGGGAGAGAAAGGGAGGAAGGAAGAGCGUGAGCGAGAAAAACAGGUAUGGCGCAAUCUUACAAAAAAAUGAAGUGUAUUCGUAUUCUAAAAAAACGUGUUAAGACAUUAUGGUAAACCGUGCGAGGCAUACAAAUUUCCUCUGAUUCAUACGCAUUUUUAUAUAGCAACGAUAUCAAAACGUUCGAAGUACUCUACGAAUAAUUUGGACCUUUCGAUCGGUCAUCUGUAGUCUCUGAGGAUUAAUUUUAUUCCGAUCGAUAUGAAUCUCUUCCUCGAACCAUUGUUACAGAAUACUUAGUUCGAUUUAAAAGAGCCAAUCAAGCUCGUUCGUGAUACAAUUCGUAAUAUAUCCAUUCCGUCUGAAUCAAGAACAAAAAUAAGAAAAAAAAGAAUAAAGAGAGCGAAAAGCGUUUACAUGUACUCGUGACUUUUUCAAAAAAAAAAAUUAAACUUUUACGCCAAGCGGAUCGGAAGGAUAUCGGUACAGUUGUAAUAAUUAAGGUAAUUCUUGCAGAUACCCGUGUCUAUAACGGAUCACGGGCAUACUAAAUGUUAAGAACGAUACUUUAGAUUCUCACAGACAUUUUUCAAGUUUCAUAAAGCGAACGUGUACAUAAGAUUAUAAGAUUGUAAGCUACAAGAAAGUUUAUAACAAGAAUCGCGGAAAUCGGUUACCGAUACUCCGGAGAUUGUUCGAUCGACGGUCGCCACGACAUACAAAUCGCUUUGAUCCUCUCGUUUUUAACGUGUUGCAUGUUUUGUCAGGGACGAGUGAAUACGUAAUAGACGAAGGUCUGCGUUUUCGAAUCGCGUAUCGUAUCUUUGUGUACCAGCUUUUGCCUGUACCUAUAAAACGGUAUUUGUCAAUGUCUAAUUUCGUUUCUCGAGCAGCUUUAAACUACUGUGGAACGCGUAAUCAAUCGUCGAACUGUCCUCCCGUUAUUCUGCUCUUGUACCUGCUGCGUUCAUCGUUUCGUUUUCGGUAAACAACUGACGAGUUCAACUUGAAAGAACACACGCAUUAUCUUUUAUGUGUCUCCGCAAGACGAUGGUUCUGACGAUCGUGAUUACUGUGCUCCAGGGAAUAAGAUGAAAUUCGGUGAAGAAAUACGACGCAUCAACAGAUUAAACGACUGAGCCAUUAGAACUGUGAUGUAGUUACUUGUUUUUAAUGAUGUAUAAUAGUAAUUGUCGGAAGGAAAAAGAAACGAAAUAUUAAUCCGUGACGCUUAACGCAACAGAUGCGGUCUUUGUUGAGAUGAAGCCAUUGUUUAACAAUCAGCACGUGUGUUAGCAUCGAUUGAUUUUCCGUGCACGCAAAACCUUUCGUCUAUUAAGAACGCGGAUCCGGUUAAAAAAAAAAAAAAACAGGAAAGGAACAUCCGUUCGAGUUAGCGGCGAAUUCACGUGUAUAAGUGUGCCAUACUAUAUGUAGAUGUCACGAUCAAUUGUAUGAUCUUCUAUCUUUGGGCGAUUGGAACGUUCGGAAGGGUCGCGUCAAGAAAAAGGCAAAAAACGAAGAAAAAUAUAGGAUCAGGGAAGUCAAUCGACGACCGGUAUUAACAAUGGGGUCACAUGUGUUUGCUUUCUUUUCAUUUUAGUUUGUUCGUCAAUUCAGAUGCAUUACGAGAAACAUUCCCGUAAAGUAACGAACGUCGUUACUUCUGAUUUUGUCGAGCGCGAAUUCGACGAGGUCCGCGAGGUCUCUUUGAUGUUGAAAACACGUUUCGAUGUAACAGUAAGUGAACGAAACAAGGGAAGUAGGUGACAGAGGAGAAAAAUAGACCGGUUUCGGAUCGGAUUCGUUUGAUCUCGGCGAGUUGGUCCUCGAUAAAUUUUGCACUCUUCUUAUAAAUAUAAGAAAAUCGUUGUAACGAUAUUUCAAUGAUCUAGCGAGCGUUGCGAGAACGCUUGGGCGCGAGCAAUGGAUCAUACAUUCCCAUCUUAGUCGUAAAAUGAAACAAACAAAACAGAAUUUUAUACAUUCGUACGUACUUAAUUGCAUAAUGUUAUUAAUAGGAACAGAGACGUCGAUGUUACGUGUGAGAUCUGAGAUACGGAUCAAAUGCUGUCUGAAAUAAUAAUGACAUGAUUUCUGUCAUUGUCGCUGAACUCAAAA